AUGGCUCUAGUUAAAGUUUCUAAGAAAGAAACCGCUUGGGCUGGUAGGCGAGCAAAAACGACUCAUUUUAAAGUCCGUGAACGAUCAAAUUAUGAAAUCAAUUAUGCCAAUUUGGUCGAAUUACUUAAUCUAGAGGGAUUAAAAUCAAGAGAUCGAGAGACAACCCCAGAAGCUCAUCAGGAGUUUAUGAAACGCUACCGUACCAUCUUUCAAAAACCAGUGCUAGCAGAUGAAAUCUUAAAAAAUGAUAAAAAUGACGAUCAAGCUUCCACAAAGGCCGAUUCAGUGCAAUCGACAGGGAUUCCAAGUGCACUACCCCCAAUACGAAGAACUAUGACUGCUCCACAGCCCAUGGACCAUAACAUUUCACAUUUCACUAAAAAUUUACAUCGUCAACGAUUAAUGAUAAAUCCUGAAGCGCUAUUUUUGGAAAGAAUUAAAAAUCUAAAGAAAUUAGUGAAAAUUACACCUUAUGAAAGAACUAGAGAACAACGAAUAAUAAUAUAUCAACAUCUAAGGCACAUGUCAUCACUAAAAUCGCAAAUUCCAUUGAAUAUUUUAAAAGAAUUAGCAGCUACAAUUCAAUACGAAAAAUGGCCUGAUGUUGGCUACACAGCAUUUGCCAAUAAUUGCCUUUACUUCAUCCUUCGUGGGAAAGUUGUACCAAAUCUUGAAGCACAAGAAUCUUACUUUAAUUUAUCAUCAAGCAAUUUCUCGCAUCGAUCAUCAAAUACACCAACACUAUUUCAGUUAAAGCGAUCAGCAACAUCUGGCGACUUUAGUAUAAUAUCUGAUACAUCUGAUGAUGACGGUAUUCAUGGCGAUCGCAAUUCCGAAGUCGUAUCUGCUGCUUCAACAGAUCGCUACAGCCAAGCUAGAAGCCGAGCAUCAUUAACCUUUACAUUCGGUCAAGAUUAUAAUCAAGAUGAAUCAGAAAAUACAUUUGAAGAAGUAAAUAAUCAGCAGGAAUUGACUGCUGGCGAUACGUUUGGUACAGUGGAAAUAGAAGAUAAACCAAACUAUACAAAAAUACUGGCGGUCACUAUACAAGAGCCGAGUGAAUUUCUUCGAAUAUCUAUCGAUGAUUAUAAGCGAAUAAAAGUGCAAUUUGAGGAACAAGAUUUCAAAAAUAAAUUUGAAUUGUUGCGUGGAUGUCUCCUCUUUUCAAGUUGGCCGAAAAGUACACUAUCAAGAUUGUCUAAGUUAAUCAUUUGGAGGACUUUUCCUCCAGGAACAGUCCUUGUUCGAGAAGGAGAGCAAAACCGCAGUAUUAUAUUUCUCAAGAAAGGGCAAUGUCAAGUGUAUCGUCAGAUUAGGGUUCCCUAUAUGGCAUCCAUGACGGAAAUGGCAACACGAAGUAAAAAAGUGCCUAUGGGAGUAUUGCAGCCCGGAGCUUAUUUUGGAAAUUUAAGUGUACUGAGUCAUAAAUCGGAGAUUUAUACUAUUGUUGCCGCGACUGAAAUAGAAGCAGGAUUAUUAACCAAAACUAGAAUUAAUAAAUUAGAUAGUACAACAGCUGCUUUCCUUGAGCAAUCAGAAGAAUCAACUGGUAUAGAUCUGACUCAGGAGGAAAUUAAUGAGAAGUAUGUGAAGCGAGAGCUAGAUCGAGAAUGGACUCAAUAUAAGGAAGAAAUUUUGGGAGAAGUAUUACAGGAUCAUAGUAUCCAUCCGGGUACGGGAAAAUGGAAAUUUAAACCAGAUGAUACAAAACUCAAACAUUUAUGGAAUCACGAUUGUGUUACUGAUCGAUUCAUUAAAAAUCGCAGUGUCACAAAAUAA